AUGACAUUGCCAUUGUCGCAGUCAUCAUCCGGUGAAGUACCUCCCAGUUUCAAUCUGUCUAGCUCUCAGAUUAGUGGAGUGACUAUGUCAACAAUUGCACCAAAGUCUUCUAAAUCUAGUAUAUUGAGCCAUCUCCAAUCAGGAAGCAACUUAGGAGUCAACAGGUUCAUAGAUCCAAAGAAAAAGUACCAGGCUCUGUCAGUCCAUGCUUCUGAGCCAGGUGUGAUUGGGGAAGGGGAGGAUUAUUUCCUGUCUUUGUUUGGUGAUUCAAAGAAACAUAUUGCACAGUCAUUCCAUACCGGGAAAAGUUGGAAGCACUUUUCUGUGAUUCUUGAAGAAGUGGGCCAUUCUAGAUCCAGUGCUUUUGGAGACAUUAAAAUAGUGGAAGUGAAGGGUUUAUUUGUGAAGCUCAUUAACUCUUCCAUUGACAAAGAACUGGAAAUUGGAAAUCAUAUUCUCCAGCAAAAUGUGAAUGGACAAAAAGUAUCUUUGUACCAAUUCCCUCCAAAUAACAUAAUGCAGGCCAAUUCCACAGUGACCGUCUGGACAGCAGCAUCCCAAGGAAAGCAUCAGCCACCAUCAGAUUUUCUUUGGAAGGAAGAAAACAAGUUUAGCACAAGCCCAAAUUGUACAACAAUUCUGUGCAAACCUAAUGGUGAGGCCAUUGCCUGGUAUACCCCUAUUCACUGGAAGCAAGCAUGGGAGAAAUUAGAGACUGACACUGAAUUUGACGUAUGCUCAGUAUUAAAUCGAACAUCUCAAAAGCACUUGCUCCGCUGGCCAAAAGCCGUAACUACAACUGAAGAAAAACAUCAUGAACCUAAAGAAGAUAUCUCAAACUAUCAGAUAGAACCAGUUCCAGAUUUUCUUAAGAGAGAAAAAGACAUCCUGCCAACUCUUUUCCCCAAUAGCAGCCCUUGGUGCCACAGUCCCAAUGUCCCUGCACAUCCCUACUGUCCUCUGAUUGAGCCUUACAAUACCAGCAUGGCUGGAAGCAGCUUAAAUAGACAACCCAGGCCUUAG